GCCUCACUUCCUACGCUUAAUUCCUUUUAGACGUCUACAAAACCAAAUACUACCACCAAAAUGGCCAUCUGGGGAUCCUCAAGCUCCAACACCGCUUCCUCCAGCGAAGCGGAUAUCAAAACCCACCUCAUGAACCAAGUGCGGCAAGAAGCCGCCGUGACCAACGCUCGGAAUCUGAUCGGUAAAGUCAACGAACACUGCUUCGAAGCCUGCGUCCCCAACCCCGGCACAUCGCUCUCCUCCGCCGAACACACCUGUCUCUCGCAGUGCAUGGAGAAGUACAUCUCCUUCUGGAACGCCGUCAGCCGUGGCUACAUUUCGCGUCUCGCGAACGAGAGGAAGGCUUACGGUGGUGGUGCCCUCGACGCAUCGUUUGUUCAAUCUGGGGAAUCCAGCCUGUGAGCGCUGGCGCGUCGGAGCGUGAUAUUUGUUGAGGAGGGAGUCGAAGGCUGAUUGUGUCUGUGACUGCAACCUUACGAGAUUUCUUGGUGCUUUUCUCACCCCCUGCUUCGAAUGGUUUUGUGGUACUUCGAAAAGGCGUUGCUUUUUUCUUGCCGUGACCUUCAACCGGUAAGGUUUCUGUACAUUACUAUAUAUACAGGGUGACGGGCGGAUACUAUUGUGUAUAGUACUCGUUCAAAAUUAAAAACGAGGCGGCAGAGCCUCCGAGAUCGAUUGCCAGCCACUCGGAUGGAAGACGACUGGUCUGUCUUUGAUAAUAUUCAGAUUUGACGCUUACCUUUUCCACUUGUUCAAGACAUCGAAGAUAUGUACAUUAUACAGGACUGAAGACGAAAUUGAUGCAGAUAGAAAGACAAUGGAUGAGGCCAAG